AGGAGGCGGAGGCCGAGGGCUAGAGAGGAGGCAGUUGGAAGAUGGCGGACGAGGCGGCGCUCGCCCUUCAGCCCGGCGGCUCUCCGAGCGCGGAAGCGGCCGCCAUGGAGGCCGCGUCGCCGCCCGCGGACGAGCCGCUUCGGAAGAGGCCGAGGUGGGACGGGCCGGGUGUCGGGCGGAGUCCCGCCGAGUCGUGCGGAGCCCCGGCUGCCGAGGCUGAGGCGCCCGCGGCGACGGCCCCGGCGGCGGACGGGGGGACACAGGCCCAGGCGCCGGCGGCGGCCGCACAAGGAGACAAUGGGCCGGGCCUGCACGGCCUGCCCCGGGAGCCGCCGGCGGCCGACGACUUGGACGACUUGGACGACGACGACGAAGGCGACGAGGACGAAGAGGCGGCGGCGGCGAUUGGGUACCGAGACCACCUUCUAUUCAGUGAUGAAAUCAUCACUAAUGGCUUUCAUUCCUGUGAAAGUGACGAGGAUGAUAGAACUUCACACGCAAGCUCUAGUGACUGGACACCAAGGCCACGGAUAGGUCCAUAUACUUUCGUUCAGCAGCACCUCAUGAUUGGCACAGACCCUCGAACCAUUCUCAAAGACUUGCUACCAGAAACAAUUCCUCCACCUGAACUGGAUGACAUGACACUAUGGCAGAUUGUUAUUAAUAUCCUGUCAGAACCACCAAAAAGGAAAAAAAGGAAAGAUAUUAAUUCAAUUGAAGAUGCUGUGAAAUUACUGCAAGAGUGCAAAAAAAUAAUCGUUCUCACUGGAGCUGGGGUGUCUGUUUCAUGUGGAAUACCUGACUUCAGGUCAAGAGAUGGUAUUUAUGCCCGUCUUGCAGUGGACUUCCCAGAUCUUCCAGAUCCUCAAGCAAUGUUUGAUAUUGAGUAUUUCAGAAAAGAUCCAAGACCAUUCUUCAAGUUUGCAAAGGAAAUAUAUCCCGGACAGUUCCAACCAUCUCUCUGUCACAAGUUCAUAGCCUUGUCGGAUAAGGAAGGAAAAUUACUUCGCAACUAUACUCAGAAUAUAGAUACUUUGGAACAGGUUGCAGGAAUCCAAAGGAUCAUUCAGUGUCAUGGUUCCUUUGCAACUGCAUCUUGCCUGAUUUGUAAAUACAAAGUUGACUGUGAAGCUGUACGAGGAGACAUUUUUAAUCAGGUAGUUCCUCGAUGCCCUCGAUGCCCAGCUGAUGAACCACUUGCUAUCAUGAAACCUGAGAUUGUCUUCUUUGGUGAAAAUUUACCAGAACAGUUUCAUAGAGCCAUGAAGUAUGACAAAGAUGAAGUUGAUCUCCUCAUUGUCAUAGGGUCUUCCCUGAAAGUCAGACCAGUAGCACUAAUACCAAGUUCCAUACCCCAUGAAGUGCCUCAGAUACUAAUUAAUAGGGAACCUUUGCCUCAUCUGCAUUUUGAUGUAGAGCUUCUUGGAGACUGUGAUGUCAUUAUUAAUGAACUGUGUCAUAGGUUAGGUGGUGAAUAUGCCAAACUUUGCUGUAACCCUGUAAAGCUUUCUGAAAUUACUGAAAAACCUCCACGAACCCAAAAGGAGUUGGUUCCUUUAUUGGAGUUGCCACCAACACCUCUUCAUAUCUCAGAAGACUCAAGUUCACCAGAAAGAACCUUGCCACAAGAUUCUUCAGCGGUUAUUGCAACAAAGAAUAAAGUGGACAGUUUGGAUGUGUCUGAGUCAAAAAGUUGUGUGGAGGAAAAAUCACAAGAAGUACAGUCGUCUGCUAGGAAUGCUGAAAGUAUUACUUUGGAAAACUCAGAUUUCAAGGAUGUUGGUUCCAGCACUGGAGAGAAAAACGAAAGAACUGUGGUUGCGGAAACAGUGAGGAAGUGCUGGCCCAAUAGACUUGCAAAAGAGCAGAUUAGUAAGCGGCUGGAUGGUAAUCAGUAUCUGUUUUUACCACCAAAUCGCUACAUAUUCCAUGGCGCUGAGGUAUAUUCAGACUCUGAGGAUGACGCCUUGUCGUCUAGUUCAUGUGGCAGUAACAGUGAUAGUGGGACAUGCCAGAGUCCAAGCCUCGAAGAACCCAUGGAAGAUGAAAGUGAGAUUGAAGAGUUCUACAAUGGCUUGGAAGAUGAUGCUGACAUACCGGAAAGAGCUGGAGGUGACCAAGAGGCAGUGGAUGAAGAAGCUGUAACAGUGAAACAGGAAGCAACAGAUGUGGACUGCCCAUCAGAGAAAUCAUAAUGUAACUGCUGCCCAGGCACAGGGAUUGUCCCACCAGCAUUAGGAGUGUCAGCAUGUCAGAAUGAAUGUUUACUUGUGAACUCAGCAAGAAAACCAGGAAGGGGUCAUAUUUAUGAACUGGUAAAAUAAGAUUUUUUUCUCAUCGGUAAUUUUAAAAUUCCAUUGUUGUCUGUACACUCAACACUAACUUUUUAAAAAGGUACUAGGUAUCUCAUCAGCUGUUGGUCAAGACUUCUUUUGAAGGUUCAUGUGUAUGAUACAUCCAUAUGUAUAUACUACUUUGUUCUUAUCUAGUGACUUUGAACAUUUACAGUUUUCAAAAAGCCAUUGGAAUGUUAAAUUAAUGUAAAGGGAACAGCUUAUCUAGACCAAAGAAUGGUAUUUUCACACUUUUAUUUUAACAUUGAGUGGUUUGGAGUCCUCAAAUUCUGUUUUGAACUUUUAUUUAGCACAAUUACUUAUUUUUAAACACUGGCAUUUUCCAAAACUUAUGGCAGCUAACUUUGUUAAAUCACAAAUGAGUUGCAAUGUGAGAAGUCAGCAACAUGCGGGAGAGCACUUGGCUGUCUUUACUCUUCUUAAAGUAAGACUUGGUGCUAAGAGUUUAAAGAGUAUUUGUGUCCUUCAACUGAAGAUGACUUGUACCUCCUGCAGACAUGUAGGAAUGUCGGGCACCUAAGACUAACCUGAUAGAAACAGUGCUUUGGAAAUGUUUCAGUUGCUUUAGAAACAAUAGUGCCUGCCUGGAUCCCCUUAGUUUAUGAAUAUUUUGCUAUUGUUUAAAUGCCUAUCACUGUGGUAGAGCCCGCAUUGAUCCUUUCCCACAAGUAUUAAACUGCCAAGAUGUGAAUAUGCAAAGCCUUUCCGAAUCUGUAAUAAUGGUACUUGUGCUGGGGAGAGUGUAAUAUUGUAAUAUUGACUGUUUCAUGAGGAAAGCAACAGGUCCCUGAUUACAGUUCCAAAGUAACUCAACCAGAAAGUACGUCUCCUGUUGAGAGGACUUAGUGUAAUGAAUACCAAACUGCUAGCCUAGUAUUAUGGAGAUGACACAAUGUAAUAGUAAAUGAAUAAAACUAGUUUUAUUUAAAAGCUUAGCCUGCCUUAAAACUAGAUAACAGUUUUCUUAACUGCAUAAGCUUCUAGCCUUUCAAAGAAGUUCAUACUUUAUAAAUUGCACAGUAAGCAUUUAUUUUCGUUUUUUUUAACAUUACUCCCAAAUUAUAUUCCUGUGUUGGCUUCAUAUUUAUUACAGUAAAAAGGGUUUGACGUAGCUGUUCUUUAUGCAUAAAAUACCCAGCUAGGACCAUUACUGCCAGAGGGGAGAGAAGUGUUGAAUGGCCCAUUUCCCUGCCUAAAAUAUCUCACUCUCAAUUUAUUUGGCUACACUAAAGGAAUGCAGUAUAUUGUUUUCCAUUUGCAUGAUGUGUUUGUGCUAUAGAUGAUAUUUUAAAUUGAAAAAUUUGUUUUAAAUUAUUUUUACAGUGAAGACUGUUCAGCUUUUUAUAUUGUACAGACUUUUAUGUAUCUACUGGCAUAUGUUUUGUAGACUGUUUAAUGACUGGAUUAUCUUCCAACUUUUGAAAUACAAAACCAGUGUUUUAUACUUGUACACUGUUUUAAAAGUCUAUUAAAGCUGUCAUUUGACUUUUU